GCGCACUCUCACGAGCCGGAGAGACGCGCGAGGGGAGCAGCGAGUCACCGAACGAGCGCGCUUACGAGACUGCGCCCAUCACACCGAGACCAGCAGCCUGAACAAUGGCAGCAUCCAGCAGCUGAUUUACAGAUGGAGACACGCUGGAGCUGAUGAGUGGUCUUCAGCGGAGAUUUUAAGAAGCGUUCCUGCUGUCAUUAGAGAUGGAGCGAUAGAGGAGAGAGAAUCAGCGGGCUGUUCUCCAUCACUGACGGGAGGCGCGUCCACCUGCUCUCUGACUGGAGGCCCGGGAUGCGCGAAAACAUGCACAAGUGCCUCUGAUAAAGGAAAUUAUUUCAACAUAUGAGCCGUUUUGUGGUGAAAAGAAAUCGGCAUCAAGAAAUAAACACUGUCUGGCAGCAUAAAGAAUGGGUAGGAGUGAUAUAAUAAAGCCCCACACGAGCAGGACAGACUCCCAUUGAUGGACAGGAAACAGGCUCAUAUCAUCUUGCAGGCUUUGGGCUCAACAGAAACCAGUGUACUGGAUCAGACGGGAUCACAUAAUCUGAAGAGUAAUCUAAAGCUGCAUGUGGCUGCAAAGCUGUAUGGUGUCGCAGAUGCUGCCUUACACACAUCCUCCACAGCUGCUGCAGAGAGCACAAAGAGAGGCAAUUCGUACUGCCACAGUGUUAAAUUGGCCUUAAAGAAGCACUACUUACCACGGCAACUGUCAACACAGACUCCUUUAGAGAACCACCCAACUGAUGAGUCCUCAAACUACACAAUAUCCUUCUCACCCUGUGCUGCCAAGGGCUUGAGUCCCCUGGGCUUUUCCAAGAAGACCGCAAUCACACCCAUUUCACCAUGAUAGAACCUGCGAGCAUCCCUGGGCUCACACAGGACUGUUUGAUUCAGCAGAGUCGCACCUGUCCGGGCUGCUUUAUUGAGACUAAGGAUUUGUCCAGUGUAGAGGCCAGUAUCAACCUCAAAAUGGCUGACAUGAACCGAGACUACACCACCUGCCCUAUCUCUGAUAUUAACAUGCAAUGUAUGAGCACAAGUGAGACAGUAAGUUAUGGAGAAGAGCUCCUCUCGGAUCAGCUUUUGGGCUUUCCUGUCCCCAAAACCCAGCUGGUGGAGAAGAAGGACACAGAGAAGAUAGACUUAGAUGAUUCAGCCUCCAGAAACCUGUAUGAGGGCCUGCUAUUAGACAAGUGCAAUGGAGAGGAUGGCUUGCUUACCAAUCCAAAUCAGGACUGGGGCUAUUUUGAGUCCUUCAUUAGUGAGAGUAAGAUGGAAUUGCUGGAUCUCUGCUCCAAGAACGAGUUAUCCGUAAAUCUCUUCUCUGAGGAGGACGUGGGGAAUUACAUGUUUGAUGAUGAUGAUGAUUCCACUCUGAGCAGCGACGUGUGCUCGCUAAAGAUCCGCUAUGAGUCGUUCCAGGACAACAUGAGAGAGAAAACCAAUGUUCUGCAAGAAGAAACCCAGUUCAACUUUUUCCCAAGUGUCUUGGUAAACUGCACAAAGAAAGAGAGUAGUGUGGUAAAACGAGUCGUGGAUGAUCUAGCACCUAAACCAGAGGAGCUUGAAUUUCAAAAUGACAGCAAAGGGGAUGGAAAUGACUGCUCCAUAGAGCAGACACCCGAUUACAGCCCCAAAAUGAACUACUUCAUUGAUUCAAGCAACUCAGCUGAUGACUCAGGGGAGUAUAGUGAUGACAGCUCCUCCACCGUUUCCUCUAUUGACACCUUCCAAGACAACAGGCCUAAAAACUUGUUCUCACGAAAGAACUCAAGCUGCUCAAACCAUCUGAACUAUGGAUUACGGGCCAAGAGAAAAGUUAGGUAUAGUGAUGACUACUUGUAUUAUGUUGAGUCCACCGAUGGAGAAAGAAACAUUGAAAAGCGAGAGAAACCACCGAUUGGUCCAAAACAAGAAGAGGAUCUUGACUGGUGCCCUAAAAAGAGACGAAAAUACUCUCGCAAGGAUCCACCUGUAAUAAUCAAAUAUAUUAUUGUCAACAGGUUCAAAGGAGAGAAAUGCAUGGCUGUAAAGCUGGGCAGAAUCGAUUCAGCCGACACAACAGUAAGCUUAAAUGAGGAUACAAUCAACAAAUAUGAGAAGCUUGCACCUCUGAAAGAUUUCUGGCAGGAGAAACAGAGAGAAAGAGAGGAACAGCUUAAGCUGGCAGCAGGAGAUAAACACAAUUCUCACCAUCAUGCCUUUAGUUCAAGUCCCUCCAAAAGGAAACACAAGCUAGCAAACAGGCUUAGAAUUCAGAGAAUUCAAACUGUGGAGCAAUCACCCAACACCCAGGGCCCCUUUGCCUGUGAUCCCAGGCAGGAGGUUGCUUCUACAGAUGAAACUGCCUCCAUGGGAAUGCCAUUAACAAUAGCCACCAGCUGUGCAAGCACAUUAGACCCAAAUGACAUCAUACACACUGCCACCCGGAAGAGCAGAUCACAAGAGAGGGAGGAAGGGAGAAUAGGAAAUAAAAUAUUCAGAAUACAGAAAUUCAGAAGUGAAGCCAGACUUAGGAGCAAGAAAAUGAGAGACCUUGUGGAGAAUAGCGAGAGCGUGACAGACCUGACAGAAGUUUGCUCGCUGCAGAAAAAUAUGGACGCAGUAGGAGGUACUGAAGAUAAAAACGUCAGCCCAGCUGCACACAGUCCCCAUUUGUGUGAGAGUCAAACAGCUAAUGCCUCUGAAAAAUUUGCUUUUGUGACUACCACCUGCUCCCCUAACAAAGAAGCAUCGUCUGAGAAUGUGGCUGCAAGUGUUUCCGUUAUCCCAGGGGGCUACCUGCAAACAUUAUUAGAUGCCUCUGAUUCUUCAGGUAGCACUGGUAUCCCGUUUUUCCCUCAGCAGACCCAGCACUCACUGGAUCUCUCUUUGGAAAAGCAGCAAUUCUCCUCAAUUCAGCUAGCACAAAGUUGUGUCCUUUCUCCACCAUCAGAAUCAGAGCUCCAACAGUCACCCCAGAAUUGUCCAACUCUUACCCAGAUGUGGCACCCUCAGCUUGGUGCCAACCAGCAGUUUGGUGCUGCAGAUAUUGCUGAAUCUUCCAUCCAACCCAACAGCUUCACUGGAGAGAUGGCUAUGCCCAUGUCUGAGAGUCUGACCGUGUCAGGCUAUAGCCAGCUGAGUCUGGAGAGCAACAGAAUGCUUUAUGAAAAGAAUGACAUGCCUGAGCAGCCAUUGCCUCCUGAUGCUGAGUUUCAGGCAUGUCAGGGGCAGCCACAGUUUCAAAGAGCCACACUGCACACCGACAAUGGCCGGCUCAUCAGUUUCGAUUCAGUUGGCUCGCUGUCAGCUACUUCUAGCAAUUACAGCUCUCUGAGUCUUAAGUCCUGUGAGAAAGAUGGCGAGGAUGAUGUGAAUGAGAACUUCCUAGCCCACUGCAGUCCCAAACUGGUGAUUCAGCAGAGUAUCGAAGAAAUCACACCCCUGAGGGAGUCCACAGACUUGCUGGAUAUCUCCAACUUCACUCCAGAUAAAUUCAGACACACAUCAUUGUCAGAACUCUCUCCUCCAGAGACACCUAAUUUAUCCCCUCAAGUAAUAGGCCGUGAGAUGAAGAUAGCUGGGAAGGCCACUGACCUCCAGGAUGGGGCUAAGAUGUCAUGCACCAAAGACGUGGACUGGAACUGCAAAAUGAUCGAGCAGCGAGAUCUGGCUAGAUAUUCAGUAGAUGGUCACGAGUAUCAAUUGCACAUUUUUAAUGGUGAAGACAACUUAAGCCUGGGGACAAAGGAGAAAAAUCUAGCUGACUUUGAUGGUGAUAUGAUGAGUGCAAUUAAGGGGACCAAGGCAAAGAGGAAAAAUAGCAACAAACAAACUGCAGGGCAGGGUACCAAAAAAAGCAAAGCCCCAAAAGCUCCUAAGGCAGAAAAGGGCAAAAUUCCACGUCAGACUUCACGAGCAUCUAAAAAGUUAAAGGCUUUACUGGAUGAGAAGGGUGGUAAAGGCCAGGCUGAGGGUGCUGCCCAUCUGCUAAAGGACAGUGGCUCUGAGGAAUGGACAGGAAUAGGUUGUUCAGAGAGCAAAAGUCAAGUUCAAGAUGACCAGCGAGAGUUUGAAGAGCCAUCCAACAUCUUAUCAAAUAUUGUCUCAGGGAUGGCCGAAGUACAGAGAUUCAUGAUGGCCUCUGUUGAGCCAGUAUGGGGCCCUGCAGCAAAUGUCUGCUUGCCCUCAGAGGCUAACAGCCUAAAGUUAAAAACUCUCAAAAUCCUAGCUGGAACUUCUUCUGAACCGAAGAAGAAAGGCAAUUGUGGGGCUAAUGGGGGCACAAAAGGCAGAAAAGGUGGGACAAAAGGUGGCAAAAACCAGGCAAAGUUCAAUGCCUCCCUGCCUUUUUUCCCUCAGUUGGCUUUGGGCUGUAACAUGUUUGACAAGCCUAGCCUUGGCGUUCCUGGUAUAAAUGGGCCAGCACACAAAAAGAUGUACCGUCACAAAACCAGUGCAAAAUUCCCUCGGAUUGAAAAUCUAAAGGGCACGCGACCAGAACGAGACCCAAAUAAGGACAUAUCAUUAAUGGCAUCUUUUGAGAAACUGAGGUAAUAUUUUAUAUCUAGCUGCUGAUGCACGUUCCUCACUUUCCCACUUCCUCCUCAUUUCUUGACUCAAGACCAGAGAUGCAUGGAUUUACGUUAUCCUUUAGUACCCCCUCCUUCUUUUUUGCCCCCGAAGAGGAUAUUGAUAUCUUGCAUGAGAAACUUCUUGUACUCGCAAACUACCUAUUGAUUGAUUGUGCAAGGCUUGAUUGAGAUUUUAAAUGACCAUGGCUGCUUUUUUCUUCUGCAUUCUUGUUUUUGCUGUUUUUUCCCUCGCAGUUGCUGAUUAGUUUUUGUCUGAAGAAAAGGAAAAACUUUGAUAAGUGCAAAUUCUCUUUUUGGACUUUUUUUUGUUCAGUUCUCAGUGAAUCUUGCUGCCCUUAUGUAAUUAUAUUUCUCUCUUCAAACAUGUAGCUAUUAAAAUGUCUUUGUGUGAAACAAGCUCCCCUUUUGAUUAUGUAUGCUGAAACAGAUGCCCUCUCCUCCCUUUUUACCCUUUUACUGCCUGACUUUUUUAAGUGUGAAAUGCUCAGCCCAUUGUCUAAGAUAACAACAUCCUUGGUACAUCCCUAAACAUUAACAGCACACAAUGGGACCAUUUUGUAUUGAAGACAUAUCAGAUUAAUGUUGUUCUAAUUACUUUCUUACUGUUGGAAUGUACUUAUGAUUUUCUCUUAUCUACUAUGCUUUUUACAGGAGUUGUACUGGAAAUUGUUUUAGAGGGACAUUUCUAUGCCAUGGAAAUCCCAAAAUGCUUCAAUUUUGCUAUCUAUUUUUUUUUAAACUUUCAUUUAAAUAAUAAUAAUAAUGAAAAUAAUGAAAUAGGUUAUUGACCGGAACAAGAUAUUGUAAUACUACUAAGAGAUUAUAAAAAUGAUUACUAUUAUUAUUAUUAUUAUUAUUAUUAUUAUUCAGUAUCACUGUACAGAAAUGCACUGUUUAAAGCAAAACAUGAAUUCUAUCCAUGUCCCAAAUAUAAAUUAUCUGUACACAUUUAUAAUCUCUAUGAAUACUGGCUGUUCCAUUUACUAUCCUGAUGAAUGCUGGCUGUUCUCUCAAGACUUGACAAGAUCUGACAUUUCGUUUUGGUUAGUUGUUUUGUCUGUUUUCUUUGGGGACCCUAUCGUUUGAAGAGCACCUGCAGCUGACAGUGGUACAACCACUCAACCAAAACAAUUAAACUGAACUAUUUUACUUUUGUCACCUUGCUUACCAAAUUCAAUGUACCUCAGCAUUACUUCUGCUUAGAAACAAAAAGAGAAGAAUUGUAUUGACUCUUCUAAACACACAAGGAAGAAAAAUGAGAAAGGUGGACGUGAAUAAUGCUAAUAGAGGAUGGCAUCUGUCUGGUAUCAGUCAGUAAGCAAUCAUUUCACAAUCUACUGUAACAGGGACUGGGAACAUAAUGUUCCAUAUUUUGCGUAUUUAUUGAAUAGAAUACUUCUGAUGGAUAAGAAACUGUAAAGGAUGCCUCUUUUCCUGUUAGCCCACUUUUGAACAUUUGCCUUCCUGUUUACCAUAAAUGUUUAAGUAGUAUCCUGUGCUAACAAUUUCAUCUGACAACGAGUUGUUCCUAUGUGAACUUAUAAAACAUAUUUUGUCGAACGCUAUGUUUUUUUUUUUUUUUUGUUUGUUUGUUUUUCAUUUGUGUUUUGUUAGUGGCACAUAAUUAACACAUUUGCUUUGCUAAUGUAGGUUAUUGUCGCAAAAUUUCAACCUUUGAAACCAAAUUUGUCCUUUCAAAAGCACUGAAUACAUUGGCAUUUAUCACAUAUAGAUUUGUAGAUGACACAUUUGAUUUAAAAGAGUUGCUCUAGGAGGAUAUCUCAGGUAAAGUAAUGCCUUACCUAUAGCUUUUACCUUAGAAAGAUUUCACUCCGCCCCCCUCUGCCUCUAGCCGGCCAUGUUUAGCACCAGGAUGAUGCUGAUGGGAAACUGCACAUGGGCCGCUCGCCCAACUUGCCUGCCUUCUCUCAUUUCUGCCUGUUGUCAACUGAAUGUACUUCAAGUUUUUUACAAUGUGCCACUGUUAAGCUGCCUCCUCCUACUGGUGCUAAGAGGGUAAUUGUAUUUUCCCAGAAAUUAUGAAACAAGGAAUAUUAGAAUCGAAAACCCUACUCCUCUCUUUAUGAAUGUACUAUAUAUGGUUCUGUUUGAUGUAUUCACAACACAAUUCUUUGUCAUUAAUUGGAAUUGCUUUUGCCUUUUUGUUGGAGAAAUUAUUGAGCUUUAUAAAUAUUGUCUAGAGUUGAUACCAGAGGGAUUCUUAAUUAACUCUCGACAUCACAAAAAAAUUGUAUAUUUUUCUCUGUGCCAAUUUGUAAGAUAUUUUGUAAGUGUAUAUUUUUCUUAGAAAGUGCUGUGAAGUAUUAGUAUGUGUGUGUGUGUGUGCGUGUGUGUGUGUGUGUGUGAGAGAGAGAGAGAGUAACCUUUUUUGUGCCUCUGUGGGCAGUGAAAAGGAUGUAUAAUGACAAGCUUUUGGUUUUAAAAACCAAAAUAUUAAGAAACAAAAAAUGAAAAGGAAAAAAAACCUACCUUUUGUUGCAAGUUUUGUAAGAGGAAAAUUAUCCUGUUGUGAGAGUGUUGUGUUAUUGUGAAAAACACAUAUAGGCAAAAAAGUUCAGACAAAAAUUGUGAACUAUUCGCUGUUUUAUAGAUUUUCAUGUAAAUUAUUCUUGUAUUAUUUUAUGUUGUAUCUGUUGCAAAGGUUUUAAAUAUUUGUGAUCAAGCCUGUAUGGUGAAAUGUAAUAUUGGUAACUUGCUGAGUUUUGUAAUAAUGUUUAUGGAGUACAUAUACAAAUUAAAAGGAGAUUUUGAAUGCUG